CCGCCUUACUUUAAUGUCAUGCAUACAAUAUUAGAAAGGAAAGGAAUGGGUCCAAAUCAAGGGUAAAAUGGUAAUUUACAAAUGAAAGCAGCGUACAUCCACGCUCUCCCCGUUUAUGCAAGAUUAGGUACAAAUACUUUUUGGUUGCUGAAAAUCUUUGUCUUCUCCGUUUAGAGCAAUUCCUUCCGAUUCAGGAUGCGCCUCCUCUGUAACUUCUUUUCUCACUCCCGAUUGGUUGAUUGUUGACGACGGCUGCGGCACCGGUCUGUUCCUCAAACUGUUGAUGAUUAAUUAGUUUCGCAGAUUGCAGGCACGUUCCAGUCUGCUAAUUAUUAAUAUUCAAUGACCACUACGGAGCGGGAGCGCCGAUACGGAUCUGACGACAUUAUACAACUUGAUUCGAUGAUCUUCGGAUCGUCGCUAGGAGCGCAGUUCGACGUGGCGGAGGAGUUUGUUGAGGUGACGCUUGAUGUGCAAGAAAACAAGACGGUUGUGCUUCGAAGUGUUGAACCUGCGACUAUUAUCAAUAUCGAAGAUGGCGUCUCUGGAACUUCUGGAACGCCGGCCUUGACUUCUGCUUCGACUUCGAGAUCUACGUCGGUGAAGCGGAGUUCGUCGCAUCGGUUUCGGCAGUUCUCUCAGGAACUGAAGGCGGAAGCGAGAGCUAAGGCGAAGCAUUUCUCUCACGAGUUAAAAUCCGAAUUGAGGCGGUUCUCAUGGAGUCGGAGUCAAGUGUCGCGAGAAUUAGCAGCGUCGUCAUCAAGUUUGAACACGAACAGAGCUGUUGGAGUAGAAAACGGAAUUAAUUCGGCUUUAGCGGCUAGAGAUUUGAGGAGGCAACGAGCAAAGCUUGAUCGAACUCGUUCCGGCGCUGAGAAGGCUCUUCAUGGAUUGAGAUUUAUAAGUAGCAAAAAUAACAAAACGACUGGCAUUGAUUCGUGUAGUGAACUUGAGAGCAACUUCAAUAAGCUUUCCAAGGACGGGUUUCUCAGCCGCGCUGAUUUCGCACAAUGCAUAGGAAUGAAAGAUUCCAAAGAGUUUGCUCUCGAGUUGUUCGAUGCUCUAAGUCGGAGGCGAAGACUCAACCACUUCGAACAAAUUAGUAAAGACGAGCUAUUCGAGUUUUGGCUGCAAAUCACAGAUCAAAGUUUCGACUCCAGGCUUCAAAUCUUCUUCGACAUGGUCGACAAGAAUGAAGAUGGUCACGUUACCGAAGAAGAAGUAAAAGAGAUUAUCAUGCUAAGCGCAUCAGCCAACAAGCUAUCUAGACUUAAAGAACAAGCGGAGGAAUAUGCCGCCUUGAUCAUGGAAGAACUAGACCCAGAAAGACUAGGUUAUAUCGAGCUAUGGCAAUUGGAGACACUUCUGCUGCAAAAGGACACAUACAUGAACUACAGUCGAGCCCUCAGCUUCACCAGCCAAGCCUUGAGCCAGAAUCUACAAGGCGUUCGACAAAGAAGCAGAAUUAAAAGAUUCAGCACGAAUGCGCUUUACUUUCUGCGAGAGAAUUGGAGGAGAAUUUGGGUUUUGACACUUUGGAUUCUGAUCAUGGUUGGGCUUUUCACAUGGAAAUUCUUUCAGUAUCGACAUAAAAACGCCUUCAAAAUUAUGGGAUACUGUCUCACCACGGCAAAGGGUGCAGCUGAGACCUUGAAGUUCAACAUGGCUCUCAUUCUUUUGCCAGUUUGUAGAAACACUAUUACUUGGCUAAGGAAAACCAAAAUCGGUUACUAUGUACCUUUCGACGACAACAUCAAUUUUCACAAGAUCAUUGCGGUGGCCAUUAUAGUUGGAAUCAUUCUCCAUGCUGGAAACCAUCUUGCGUGUGAUUUUCCAAGGCUCCUUAGAUCAUCUGAAGCUGAAUAUGAUUUUUUGAUUGGCGACUUCGGCAAGAUUAAACCCAGCUAUAUGGACCUUGUUAAAGGGUGUGAAGGUGUUACAGGAAUCUUAAUGGUGUUCUUCAUGGCAAUAGCUUUCAUACUUGCAACGCGAUGGUUUAGGAGGAACCUCAUUAAGCUACCCCAUCCCUUUGAUAGGCUCACUGGAUAUAAUGCCUUCUGGUAUUCACACCACUUAUUCAUUCUUGUUUACAUACUGCUCAUCAUUCAUGGCCUGUUCCUCUAUCUCGUGCACAGAUGGUAUCUUAUGACGACAUGGAUGUAUGUCGCUGUUCCAGUUUUGCUGUACGCUGGAGAGAGAAUCUUGAGAUUCUUUCGCUCUGGAUCAUACACUGUUCAAAUCCAAAAGGUUGCCAUUUAUCCUGGAAAUGUUCUCAAACUACAAAUGUUCAAGCCGCCCCAAUUUCAAUACAAAAGUGGACAGUACAUGUUUGUUCAGUGUCCUGCGGUCUCUCCCUUUGAAUGGCAUCCAUUUUCAAUUACUUCGGCUCCUGGAGAUGACUACCUUAGUAUCCAUGUACGGCAGCUUGGUGAUUGGACCCAAGAGCUUAAAAGAAUUUUCACAGAGGUUUGUGAGCCUUCCGUCUCCGGCAAGAGUGGCCUUCUAAGAGCUGACGAAACUACCAUUAAAAGUUUGCCAAAGCUUUCAAUUGAUGGCCCAUAUGGUGCCCCAGCACAGGACUACCAUAAAUAUGACGUGCUACUACUUGUUGGCCUAGGCAUUGGGGCAACACCUUUCAUAAGCAUUUUGAAGGAUUUGUUGAAUAACAUUGUGAAAAUGGAGGAGCAGGAUUCAUCAACUGAGAUCAGUAAUGUGGGCGACCUCAGUUAUGUGAACAAAGAUUUUCUCGCUCCUAAAAGGAAAAGUAGUCUGAAGACCACUAAUGCCUACUUUUAUUGGGUAACUAGAGAGCAAGGUUCAUUUGAUUGGUUCAAAGGUGUCAUGAAUGAAAUCUCGGAGCUGGAUCAAAGGGGGUUAAUUGAGAUGCAUAACUAUCUGACUAGUGUGUAUGAGGAAGGGGACGCUCGUUCAACUCUCAUUACCAUGGUUCAAGCCCUCAGUCAUGCUAAGAAUGGAGUGGAUGUUGUGUCUGGCACCAGGGUGCGAACCCAUUUUGCCAGGCCCAACUGGAAGAAAGUUCUCAGCAAAAUCAGUUCCAAGCACUGUGGUGCAAGGAUAGGUGUCUUCUAUUGCGGAGCUCCAGUUUUGGCCAAAGAACUUGGACAGCUCUGCCAUGAGAUCAAUCAAAGUGGCUCGGCCAAGUUAGACUUCCACAAGGAGCAUUUUUAAGAUAAGUUUGGAUGCAUCAUUUCUUCCCUGCUGUCCUCGUUCAUGAUCCUCCAUUCUCAUCUCAAAAAUAUAUCAAGAUUAAAAUUUUCUACAUUAAAGUUGGAGAAGCCGAGAAAAAGAAGAAAAAAGAACAUAAGAUUGACAACUAGUAGAGAGUAGGUAGGAAAACAGAGAGGAAAAAAAAACUAAAGAAGUCAAGUUAUACAAGGAGACUUUGGAAGAUUUAGCCACAGGUAAAUUGCAAGUAAACAUUAUGGUUAAUGUUUAAUUAGGAUUAGGAAUUUUAAACAGGCCGAGGUUCUGCAUUGUAUAUAUGAUUACCAUUAUGCUGAACCCAUGGUACAAUACACAGCUACACAGGAGAAAGAAGUUCACCAAAUCGUAGGAGAUAUUUUGGGAUUUGUCAUAGCAUUCAUUCAUAGAGGUUGCAAAAGGAAACGAUUCUGAUGUUUGGAUAAGGGGAUUAAAUGGAGUUCUGGAAGUGGGAGUCAGCUUCUAAUCUUAUACUAUACUGCCUACCAUUAUACCUGUGAAUAAUGCCGAUAUUUGAAUAUUUUUGGAACAUUCUUUCUUGUAUAUUUAGGGGGACGGGGGGGAUUUUUGUUAUUGUUAUUAUUUCUUUAACGCCAUGUGAGCACCUUGGAUAGUGUCGAAUUUUUGCUUUAAAAUUUAUGCAUACUUCUACAGUA